UUAUAAGUUUCCUGGUCUAGGCCAACAUCCUCGAGUGCCAGUAGUUCGAUAACGUGGCGCACCACUUCCUCCGUUUCCAGAUCGAGAGCAAGGCAAACCCAGCCGAAAUCGAAUCACGAGCGCGGUGAUAGGCAGCUGAUAAGACGCGCCCUGCCGGGUGGGCCGCCUAUAAGAGAUGACUUCGUCGACGGCCCAAUGCUAUUCCACAACGAGAGCAACCAUGUCCGCAGCACCUUCGAUGUCGCCAACUUACUGGUGCGCUUUUGUGGCCUGUCUGCUGGCGGCGUCGGUGGCCGGCAAUGGGUUCAGCACCCAGUAUCGUGGUCACACGCAGCACCCCACCAUGGCGGAGCACUGCCUCUACGAGGAGCUGGACGUGGCCGUGCCACUCCAUGGUUCCGUUCUGCCCUCCGGACAGCAGGGCUACUGCAUACGCCUGGAGUGCACCGACGACUACCUGCUGCUGAUACACCACUGCGACAAACAGCCCUGGCCGCGACCUGGCUGCCAUCUCUCCCCCAACGACUAUGACUUCAAGUACCCCGAGUGCUGCCCCCAACUCGAGUGCUCCGACGAAUACUAGAUGUAGGUCAUAAACAAUUAUCUACUUUGAAAUACCAUCUCGUUUUAGCCCGGCUAAUAGCUAUAGGCUAUAGGCUAUUGAUCAUGUAGCAAUGUUUGCCCAAGUACUAUUCUUUAGUUAUAAGCAUAUAGUCUUCAUUUAAAUAAAAAUAUAAUUUGAAAA